AUGAAGCUGUACCGGCUUAUCCAGGGCAAGUUCAUCUUGCUGCAAGACGAGGCAGAAGACGUCGCCGAUGCCGAAGAGGACGAGGAAGAAGAAGAGGAGAACGGUGAUGAUGGCAACGACAACGCCAUCGAUGGUUCAUCCGAAUCUGGAAAAGCCAGCGCGUCCGAAGAUGAUUCCGACAAGGUCAGCGAGGACGAUGAAGAAAUUCCCCAGAUGGAUGACAAGGAGAUUCUGGCGAACAAGAAGGCUUGCCCUUACUUCGGCGGCCUGCACCGAAGCAAGGGUCUCUUCUGGCUCGCCACGCGUCCUAAUCAGAUGGGCUCGUGGAGUACUGCAGGCGCAAUGCUGACACUCGGCUCUGAGAUGCCGUGGUUCUGCUGCGUGUCCGAAGAAGACUGGGGCGCCGACGAAGACACGCUGAAGGCUAUUAGGAACGACUUCGAGGGUGAGUGGGGCGACCGUAGACAAGAAAUGGUGUUCAUCGGAGAGAAACUUGACGUCGACCGGUUGACGAAGAUGCUUGACGCUUGCCUUUUGACGAAAAAGGAGAUGAAGAAGUGGGAGAAGGUCAUGCAUGACGAUUCGUUGGACGAUGACGAGAAGGAAGAGACUCUGCAGGAAAUGUGGGACGACGGCUACUGGGCCGAGUGGCCGCGGGCGCAGGAUGAAGAGGAAAACGACCAUGGUCACGAUCACUCUCAUGACCACGGCCAUCAUCAUCACGGCCACAGGCAUUGA